CAAACACACCCCAAAAAAAAAAAAAAAAAAAAAACUUGACUUGCUUCUUUACUUUAUUAGUCAACGUUCAUUAGUCUAUGACGAUUCACACUGUCAUACAAAUGACAUAAGUCUACUCUUGGGUCUUCUCCCUUUCCAUUUUCCCUCUAAAAAAUAUAUUUAUAGUGAUGCAAAUAAACCCCAAAAACUCAAUUUCAAUCUAUCUAUCCACGAAAUUUCCUUCCAAUUUCUCCUACAUUUCUCCAUAAAUACUUUUCUUUUCAACCUUUUUAUUUCCUCUGCAUUUUCUCUCUCUUUGUUUAGCUUAUUUGCUUCACUUUCAACUUAUACUACUUCAGAGUUCAGAGUUACUAGUGAAUUUAGCUUUUUCUCAGGAAUUUGCCAAACAAGGCCUUAGAUUAUACAGGAGGAUGAGGUCUUCGUCAAUUUAUCCUCAUUUUCUGCUGUAAAGCGCCAUAGUUAUUAGGGUAAAACUCACUUGCGCCAUCUUUGGCUUUGGAUAAGGCGCAAAUACUGAGAAAUAUCCAGGAUAAACGUUUCAUAAUGUCAGGAAGUUUGGAGCUUUCUGAAUUUAUGAACGACAAUAGAAACAAAGUUGUAAGAUUUGAGGACCGAAGGUCAGAGGGAUCUACAAGUUCAGACCAACCAUUGUAUCCUACUGGAAGGCCGUCACCAUCAUCAGAUAAUAGAGUGUCAUUUGGCUCAACCUUCAAUUUUAUCCGUCGAGGAUUUGAGCAAGGUUUGCAAAGAAUUAGGACCUUGGCAGGAUCUCUGAGCUUUCAGGCACUCUCUUACCAAUCUGCAAGGAAGCCUGUACCUCAGGAUAAUAUUCUUGAUCCUCAAGGACCGUUUCUGCAGAAAUGGAAUAAGAUAUUUCUGAUAUCAUGUUUUUUCGCAAUGGCCUGGGAUCCAUUGUUCUUCUACAUCCCAGUUAUCGAUGGCAAAGAGAAAUGCCUCAAGUUGGAUGGCAAAUUAGAAAUCAUCGCUUGUAUUCUUCGCACGUUCACCGACUUGUUCUAUCUACUUCAUAUCAUCUUUCAGUUCCGUACAGGGUUUGUCUCUCCUUCUACUCGAGUGCUUGGAAGAGGUGAAAUAAUAAAGGACCAUGUUGCUAUAGCUAGAAGAUAUCUCUCAUCAUACUUUAUUGUGGACAUCCUAGCCGUGCUUCCCUUUCCUCAGAUGUCAGUUUUAGUUAUUAUGCCAAAGUUGAUGGAUGGUGGUCCUUUGACUUCAAAAGGCUUGUUGAAACUAGUGAUAUUCGCCCAAUACGUCCCACGCCUCUUUCGGAUUUAUCCUUUAUACAAGGAAGUAACACGGGCAUCAGGCAUAAUCACCGAAACAGCAUGGGCCGGAGCUGCUUUCAAUCUGUUCCUUUACAUGCUAGCCAGCCACGUGGCUGGAGCAGCUUGGUAUUUGUUUGCUGUGGAUCGACAAAUCAAGUGUUGGCACAGAUCUUGUAUAAAUUGUGCUCAUUUGUCUUUAUAUUGCAAAGUCAAAGAAAAGCAUGAAGAAGAUUACAAAUUUAACAGUUCUUACUGCACUCUUACAAACCCUGAUGAGAUUACAGAUUCUACUGUAUUUAACUUUGGUUUGUUCUACGAUGCUCUUAAAUCAGAAGUGAUACAGUCCACUAAUUUUCUAAGGAAACUCUCCUACUGUUUUUGGUGGGGCCUUCGAAAUCUUAGCUCUCUUGGACAGGGUCUUGAAACAAGUACUUUCAUUGGGGAGAUCUUAUUUGCCACCUUCAUUUGUAUUGCUGGGCUGGUUCUGUUUUCGUUGCUUAUUGGGAAUAUGCAGAAAUAUCUACAAUCAACGACUGUUAGGGAAGAGCAGAUGAGAAUAAGAAGUCAAGAUGCAGAGCAGUGGAUGUCCCAUCGUUUGCUUCCAGAGGACAUGAAAAAAAGGAUCCGAAGGUAUGAGCAAUACAAUUGGCAAGAAACAAGAGGUGUUGAUGAAGAGAGUGUGAUUCGAAAUCUUCCUAGGGACCUUAGAAGGGACAUUAAGAGGCAUCUCUGCUUGUCUCUUUUGAUGAAGGUGCCGAUGUUUGCAAUAAUGGAUGAGCAACUGAAAGAUGCAAUGUGUGAUCGUCUGAAACCGGUGCUAUAUACCGAGACCAGCUUCAUUGUACGCGAGGGUGAUCCUGUUAACGAGAUGCUCUUUAUAAUGAGAGGAAGUCUAUUGACAAUGACCACUAAUGGUGGAAGAACUAAUUUCUUUAAUUCAGGUUCCCUCAAAGCUGGUGACUUCUGUGGAGAAGAGUUGCUUACAUGGGCCCUAGAUCCACACUCUUCUUCCAAUCUUCCCAUUUCAACUAGCACUGUACAAACUCAGACAGAAGUUGAAGCUUUUGCUUUAAUGUCUGAUGAUCUGAAGCUUGUGGCAUCACAAUUUCGAAGGCUUCACAGCAAGCAGCUCCGCCACACCUUUAGGUUUUUCUCACAACAUUGGAAAAGAUGGGCAGCCUGUUUCAUACAGGCAGCAUGGCGACGGUACUGCAGAAGGAAGGUUGAGAAAUCUUUACAAGAGGCUGAAGAAUUGGCUAUGUCAAAGGAAGGUGGAAGCUCACCAAGUUUUGGUGCCACCAUUUAUGCGUCAAAAUUUGCUGCCAAUGCACUUCGUAAUCUUCGACGUAAUAUUCCCCAAAAUGCCAGAGUUCCUCCAAGGUCACCCCUCCUUAACCUACAGAAGCCAACUGAGCCUGAUUUCACUUCAGAAGAUGGUUAGGCCCACCAUUUCCUUUUCCUUCUUAUCUUUGAUGUUUAGAUUAUCACCAUGUAUUAUUUGUAAAAUUGCUGUAGCGAAUAUGCAACAGCAGUAUAUAGGCCCUAUUGGCAAAUUGGCGUACAACUGAUUGUAUUAGUUGAUUGUGUUAGCUAAUGUAUUAGGUGUUUGUAUAAAAAUUGUUUCGUAAAUAGCUAGUUUGAUCAGUUGAAUGUAUUAGGUGUCCUUUUACCUC